AUUUUGAUAGAGUUUUUAGUUGAUAUCAUUAUCGACUUUGACACAAUGUUCUUUAUUUACAUAAUUCUAUUACUUUGUUUUAGUGAUACAGGCACAAGUUUAACAGGUCUUAAAGUAUGUGAAAACACACAAAGGAAUAUAGAGUAUUGUUGUUCGGGCUAUGAAGACAUAAAUGAUACAUGUACAGAGUGCAAAUUAGGUUUUAUGUCAAUAGGAGGAAAACCGUGCACCCAUUGUCCAAACAACAGAUUUGGAGCAAGAUGUUUGACCCGGUGCAACUGUAACCACAUUGAAAAAAGGUGUGAUCAUGUGAAAGGGUGUGUUCCAAAGUUUGAAGUUGGUGAAGAUGUCAAUUAUACAACUAGAUCUGUGGUGGAAAACUAUUCCGAAUCAAUGAUGGUGUUUGAAUUGCACAUGUUUUUGUUCGGGGCUGCAAUAUUAGGUGCAAUAGUAAUGAUUGGAGGAUGUUUGGGCUUUACCUGCUUUUGUAAAGAACGAAACAAGAUGAAUGCAAAUAUGAUCACUGGAUUGAUCGAAGACCAACAUGUAGCUAGUAGCUCAUAUCUACAAGUCAUAAAUGGAUCGUAUGGCACUGUCAUUGAAGGCAAUGGAAAUGAAGAUCGCUGCAGGCAUCUCAAUCCGUACGUUAGUCUGGUUCCUAAAACCAGCAAUACACAUUACUACAUGUACUAUGAAUAGAGGAAACAACAACACCAGGAUACAUAAUCCUUCUUGAUUCGUGUAUUAAUCUUUCAGAAAUAAAUAAUAGAAACUUAAUAAAAAUGAAAUUGAGAAUUUCAAAAGACAGUCAAAUAUUUGUAUAGUUUGUCAAACAGAAGAGGAAGACCAUUUUCAUUUAUACAAUAUAUAAGGGAGAAAAUGCACCAUCUUCAUAAAAAAAAUCAACGAUUUAAUCACUUUUCUAGUAUAACAAAAACUUUUCGGACACAAAGUCACAUAUCAAUGGUGUUAUGUUUUCUCUGUUUAUUGACAGUAUUAGGUAUUUGCAUAACAAAUGCAUACUAUAUUUCAGAUCAUUUGCAUGAGUUAUUUAUCAAAAAAUAUGGAGGGUUAUUAAUGAAAAUUAAAUGGUCUGUGAAAAUAAAAUAAUGUCGUAAAUUUUAAAAAAGAUCAAAGACUUAGUAUAUAAUGUGAAAAUGCGUGUUCAUAGUAACGCCGUGAUUUUUUAAGAUGUUUAUCAUGAAUAUGUUCACGGAUAUUAAUAAAUUAGUUCACCAAAAAGUAUUAACAGAAAUACAGAACUCCAAAGUAAAUUCAAAGGUGUGGUCCAUUAAAAAUGACAAAAUCAAACGUUUGACUGUAUUAACCAACGAAACGAAUAGACAACAACUGUCAUAUUUCUGACUUGGUAAAAUCAUUUGCCGAAGAAAAUGGUGGGUUAAAAAUAGUUUUAUAGCAAGCUUAACUCCUCACUAGUAUGACAGUUAUUUAUAUUUCAAUUAUCAUGAUUAUAGUGACAAAAUAAAGUAAGCACCCCAAACAGACAUAGACCGUUAGUUUUCCCAAUUGAAUUGUUUGAUAU